AUGGAGCCUAGGAUAGCACCUGCAGCAGAAGCUGGCCAAGUGAUGCCAGAGCACCAAGCGCAAAAUUACCAGAACAGUCAAGAUCGAGUAGCAAUGGUAAAAUGCGGCGAUCUCCCAUUGUUUCUCCCCAUUCCCACUGAUGAGGAUGACCUUGAAACCACAGCCAGCAAGCUUCAUGAUCUUGCCGAUGUAGUCAGCGGUGGGAACAGCUUGGCGCUGACUUCUGGCCAGACAGCCACUCACCAAAACAAUGCAGAAGACUUUGCCAAGGAGCGAAUGCGGCCCUCAGAACUGAUGCAGUACGAGGCGUGGAAGGAGCAGUCGGUGUCGCUGCCUGCGUUCAACUGGGUCGCGCACGUCAAGCCAGUCCCCCCAGGUGCCCUUAAAACCUUCUCUCAGCGUGCUGUGGCCAUGACUACUAUCUGGAAAGGAUACACUGCGACACCAGAGAAUGCGGUAUGGCUCACUGAUAACUAUCCCUACUUGCUACCACUGGUCAAGGCAGUGACCAAAGUCGUGAAUGCGCAGUCACACCUUGAAAAACACAACCCUUUCGCUGGGCUGAACGCGCGAGAGGUUAUCGAGAUCCAAGCCCUGCACUUAAUCAAUUUGACUGCCGAGAAAAACCUGGCACGCGAACGAGCGCGAGUACGAGAUCUGAUGGAAUCCGUUCACCAGUCACUAGCCGUGAUUAGAGAUCGCUUGGAGAUACUUGGAAAGUAG